AUGGCGGCCACAAGAGCCCCGCCGUGGGGAGAUGAACUGGAUUUGGGACGGAGCGGAUCAGAACAGGAGAGGCCUGGCACAGGAGGUGGAACCCGGGUGCUGCUGCAGCGGCGCUGGGGGAGCCCCAGGACUCGCUGUGGCCGCUGUGGCAGCCGCAGCACAGCCCGUUCCCAGGGAGGAGCCGAGGGCUCCGUGGGGCUCUGCAGGACCUCGGCCCUGGGGCUCGUCUGCAUCAGCCCGGGCAGCUGGGCUGGACUUGGCUUCGAGGAGGCUGUGAGGCAGAGGAAGAUGCCCCGGGACACCCAGGCAGACAAGGAGCUGAGGACGGAGCCCAGGGAGGACAAAUCCCCGCAGCAGAACCUGGUGGAAGAGGCUGUUUUGAGCGGCUCCACGGCGCAGGAAUCCAAUGGGGAGGAAAAACCACGGAGACCCCGCAGGAGGAGGGGCGGCAAACGCAGCCCAGGGUGCUCUGAGGAGGACAGACCAACCCUGUGCCAGGAAGGCGGCCAGAGAUCGAGCCGGAGCUCAGACCUGGUGGUCCAUGAGCGGCUUCACAGUGGGGAGAAGCCCUACAAGUGUGGGGAAUGUCGGAAGAGCUUCAGCCGGAGCUCCCACCUGAUCCGCCACCAGAUGAUCCACACUGGGGAACAGCCCUAUGAAUGUGGGGAAUGCUGGAAGAGCUUCAGAGAGAGCUCCCACCUGCUCCGCCACCAGAGGAUCCACACAGGAGAGAGGCCCUAUGAGUGUUCCGAGUGUGGGAAGAGGUUUCCGACCAGCUCCGAUCUCCUCCUGCACCAGCGAAUUCACACGGAUGAGAGGCCCUUCCGCUGCCCCGACUGCAGGAAGGGCUUCAACCGCAACUUCCACCUCAUCAGGCACCGGCGCAUCCACACUGGGCAGAGGCCCUACGAGUGUAGGGAAUGUGGGAAGAGCUUAAGCCGGAGAUCCCACCUGAUCCGCCACCAGAUGAUCCACACUGGGGAGAAGCCAUAUGAGUGUGGGGAAUGUGGGAAGAGUUUCAGAUGCAGCUCCAACCUGACCGUCCACCAGCGCAUUCACAAUGGAGAAACGCCCUACGAGUGUCCUGACUGUGGGAAGGGGUUUCAGACCAGCUCCGAUCUCCUCCGGCACCAGCGGAUUCACACAGAGAGGCCCUUCCGCUGCCCCGACUGCAGGAAGGGCUUCAGGGACAACUCCGACCUCCUCAGGCACCGGCGCAUCCACAGCGGAGAGAGACCCUAUGAGUGUGGGGAGUGUGGGAAGAGCUUCAGCACGAGCUCCAACCUGAUCGUCCACCAGCGCAUCCACACAGGAGAGAGGCCCUACGAGUGUUCCGAGUGUGGGAAGAGGUUUCCAAAGAGCUCCAAUCUCCUCCUGCACCAGCGCAUUCACACAGAGGAGAGGCCCUUCCGCUGCCCCGACUGCAGGAAGGGCUUCAAACACAAAUCCCACCUCGUCAGGCACCAGCGCAUCCACACCGGGGAGAGGCCCUGCGAGUGUCCCCAGUGUGGGAAGAGCUUCUCCAGGAGCUCUCACUUGACCCAACACCAACAGAGGCACCGGUAAGGGAAGCCCUGCGAGUGCCCUGAGUGCAGGAAGAGCUUCAUCCUCUACUCCAACUUCAUCCCCCAGCAGAGGACCCACGUUUGGCAGAGCCCUGGUGACCCACAUUCCCCGUGAUCCAGUUUGGGAAGAGCCCUGGCUGGUGCUCUCCACGUCCUCCUGGAUCCCCGUAGGCACCUGGGUGAAUGCAGGGGCUGGAACAUCCAUCGGGACUCUGACUGAAAUCGGAAAUUCAUUGGGAAGAGCUGAUUUGUUGAGUUUAUGGCCCAAAAAUUCUCACCUGCUCUGUCCAGUUGUUUCUUCUGGUGGCAUCCAGCAAUCCUGGAUGAUCUUGGAUGUCUUUUUCAACCUAAAUAGUUUCCUCCUUCAUCCUGUCAAAACAACCAAAAUUGGGGUAGAAAUAAAGGAAUUCAACAAAGGUAUCUAAA